GGGCCAAAAAAAAAACGAAGAAGAAGAGAAGAAAUGGAAGAAAAAAAUUGAUUUUCCUUUCGGUUUUUCUGCUGCGACAAGCUUUCCUUUACUCCCCCUAAAAACACGCACAGAGACAGCGGAGGGCAUCAAAAGAAUUCGAGACAUGGAAGCCGAUGUUCCCAUUCCGAAAAACCCUAAUUUUCUCUCUCUACACUAGACAUCUUUUGUUUUCUUUUUUCUCUCGGUGUGUGGUGGUUUUGUGUUUGAUCUUGUCUGAUUGGAUCAGAGAUGGUGACAAGUCUGGUCCUGGCUUGCAGCUUUCUCUCUCUAAUGGCUUGUGUGGCUCUUGGCAACGUGGUAUUGAUUGGCAACAACGUAACCUUGUCGUUUGAGGACAUCGAAGCUAACUUCGCUCCUGCAUUGAAAGGGUCUGGGGAAUGUGGCACAUUGUAUGUGGCGGAUCCUUUGGAUGCAUGCUCGCCUUUGAGCAAGAUUGAUUCAACUGUUAAUGCCACUUGUUCGCUGUUUAUAUUGAUUGUUAGAGGAGGAUGUAGCUUUGAGGAUAAAGUUAGAAAAGCACAAGCUGCUGGUUUCAAAGCGGCCAUUAUCUAUGACAAUGUAGACGGUGAUUUGGUAGCAAUGGCAGGGAAUUCAGCUGGUAUAAAAAUACAUGCUGUGUUUGUUUCCAAGGCUUCAGGUGAAGUACUCACAAAGUAUGCUGGUGUUACCAAGAUGGAACUGUGGAUAAUCCCAAGCUUUGAGAACUCAGCAUGGUCAAUCAUGGCCAUAUCUUUUAUUUCUCUGCUUGCCAUGUCAGCUGUGCUUGCCACUUGUUUCUUUGUCCGGAGGAAUCGCAUAAGACGAGAAAGACCUCGAUCUUCUCAUGUUCGUGAAUUCCAUGGGAUGAGCAGUCGUCUAGUCAAAGCCAUGCCAAGUCUAAUCUUUACAGCUGUAGUAGAGGAUAAUUGUACCUCAUCAACAUGCGCCAUAUGUCUGGAAGACUAUAGCGUUGGAGAAAAGCUUAGAAUAUUGCCUUGUCAACACAAAUUCCAUGCCUUUUGUGUUGACGCUUGGCUUACGACAUGGAGAACCUUUUGCCCCAUCUGCAAACGUGAUGCUAGAACUAGCGCAAGUGAUAAUCCACCGGCAUCAGAACGCACACCAUUGCUUUCAUCAAGCCCCGCUUCUGUGCCUUCGUCUUCUGUAUUGUCAUCUGUGAGAUCAUCAACUCCAGCCCAUUCAGCUUCUCAUAAUCAUUCCGUCUCUAGCACUCCUUAUCUGCAGUCUUACAUUGAAACCUACCGCCGAUCCCCUCACUUGAGUGCAAGCCGAAGCUCAGUAGACCUGAGAAAUGCGUCUUAUCAGAGAUCAUUGGGCUACCCUUCUGUAUCACCGCUUAAUUCUAGAUUUAUAUCUCCUUAUGUUCCUAGUCCUGGAAGUGGCUUAAGUCAUGUCGGGUCUCCAAGUAAUCAACCGCACCCUGUGCAUUUUAGCGAGUCGGCUACAAGCUUUUCUCCAUUUGCUUCUGCUCACUCUCUUCCAGAAUGCUGAUUCAAACUUGAUUAUGCUGUGGAGAUCUCUGGGUAGAUUCAGCCUAAAAUCUCAUGUGAGGGUGGUGAGCGACCAUCUAAAAGGGAAACUAGUUUUGGUUGACUUUUUUUGAUCUUUGUUUCGCACCACUACGCAUGAAAUUGGAUUUGGUUCCAGUAGAUGUUGUGCACCUGUUGUACAGUGUAGCAUAUAGGGCUUCUGUUAAUUUCGUUAAAUUCAGCUGCUGAAAAUCAUGGGUCUUACACUUCAGAUGUU